CCGCGCUGCUCUUUCUGACGCCAGGGGGGCCUGAGCGAGCGAGCGAGCGCGCCCUCAGAAGCCAAGUGCGGCGCUGGCAGGAGCAGGAGCAGGAGCCGGGGAAGGAAGGAGGAGGAGGCGUCCGCGCCGGGGAUGGACUCGCGGGUGUCGGAGCUCUUCGGCGGCUGCUGCCGGCCCGGGGGAGGCGGCGGAGGGUCUCUGCGAGGCCGCCCCGGAGCCGGCGCCAGCAGCGGGGGCUCCUCUUCCAAGGGCAGGAAGAAGAACGGGAGGCACCGCGGGGGGAAGGCCAACAACCCGCCCUACCUGCCGCCGGAGGCAGAAGAUGGAAACAUAGAAUAUAAGCUGAAACUAGUCAAUCCUUCUCAGUACCGCUUUGAACAUCUAGUAACGCAGAUGAAGUGGCGACUACAAGAAGGCCGUGGGGAAGCAGUCUACCAGAUUGGUGUUGAGGACAAUGGGCUGCUUGUAGGACUGUCGGAAGAAGAGAUGCGUGCCUCGCUCAAAACACUACGGCGAAUGGCUGAGAAAGUAGGAGCUGAUAUCACUGUUCUACGGGAAAGAGAAGUUGAUUAUGACAGUGAUAUUCCCAGAAAAAUAACUGAGGUUCUAGUCCGAAAAGUCCCAGAUAACCAGCAGUUCCUAGACCUACGAGUGGCUGUGCUUGGGAACGUGGAUUCAGGCAAAUCAACUCUGUUAGGUGUCUUGACACAAGGAGAACUUGAUAAUGGGCGGGGUAGAGCUCGACUCAACCUUUUCCGGCAUCUGCAUGAAAUCCAGUCUGGGAGAACAUCUAGCAUCAGCUUUGAAAUUCUUGGCUUCAACAGCAAGGGGGAGGUAGUGAACUAUAGUGACUCACGGACAGCUGAGGAGAUCUGUGAGAGCUCCUCCAAGAUGAUCACUUUCAUUGAUUUGGCCGGCCAUCACAAGUAUCUGAAAACCACCAUCUUUGGCCUCACAAGCUACUGCCCAGACUUUGCAAUGCUGGUGGUGAGCGCAAACACUGGGAUUGCAGGCACAACUCGAGAGCAUCUAGGCUUAGCUAUGGCCCUCAAAGUCCCUUUCUUCAUUGUCAUUAGCAAAGUGGACUUGUGCUCAAAAGCCACUGUGGAGCGGACAGUGAAGCAGCUGGAGCGGAUCCUGAAACAGCCUGGCUGCAACAAGCUCCCUUUGCUGGUAACAUCAGAUGACGACGCAGUCACAGCAGCACAGCAGUUUGCCCAGUCUCCUAACAUCACUCCUAUCUUCACCUUGUCCAGUGUUUCUGGAGAAAAUUUGGAGCUUCUGAAAGUUUUCCUCAAUAUCCUUCCUCCUCUGACAAAUAGCAAAGAACAGGAAGAGCUAAUGCAACAGCUUACUGAGUUCCAGGUGGAUGAAAUCUACACCGUGCCUGAGGUGGGCACUGUUGUUGGCGGAACCCUGUCAAGUGGAAUAUGUAAAGAAGGAGAAAACCUGGUGGUUGGUCCAACCGAUGAUGGCAAAUUUCUACAGCUGAGAGUAUGCAGCAUCCAAAGGAACCGUUCAGCGUGCCGUGUGCUUCGGGCUGGGCAGGCUGCCACUCUGGCUCUCGGACACUUUGACCGCUCGCUACUGCGCAAAGGCAUGGUGAUGGUCAGCCCAGAAAUGAACCCUACCAUUUGCUCAGUGUUUGAAGCUGAAAUUGUUCUGCUCUUCCAUGCCACAACUUUUCGGAAGGGAUUCCAAGUAACGGUGCAUGUUGGCAAUGUGCGGCAAACAGCAGUUGUAGAGAAGAUUCAUGGCAAGGAUAAGCUGCGGACAGGGGAAAAGGCUGUGGUUUGCUUCAGAUUUAUUAAACACCCUGAAUACCUGAAGAUAGGAGCAAAACUGCUUUUCCGGGAAGGUGUUACCAAAGGUAUUGGACAUGUUACUUACAUUCAGGCUAUCACCAUUGGUGAAAACGGCUUGGAGCAGGGCCUGGAUGCCGAGCUGGUCAGUUUUUGACUCUUACCACAACUGUGGAGUUUCCCCAAUGUAAGCAAUAGGAGAAGGGAAGGAGCCUCUCCCUAGUGGGCAGAGUUGCUGCUGGCCAGUUGAUGUACAUGGGCAGAUUUCCUCUUUCACAUGGCAGAAGCCAGAACCACCUUUUGGACGAUUAAGUGGUCUUCCCGGAGCAAGUUAAGCAUGUUGUUUGUCCAUCACCUGCUGCUUCCAUAUCCCUGCCUUUCCUGGAAUAGACAAGAGAGCAGCUAGCUGCAUCUUUGCCUUGGCUGGCAAUUCCUGCUUUCGUUGAGAAAUUAUUCCUGGGUAGAGGGCAAAGCCCUUCAUGUUCUGCACUGUAGCCUGGGUUUUCUGCCAUCUGGGAGGCAACAGCAGUGUCCUGCUGCCUAGUUUUGUGACUGAGUGACAGCUGAAUGUUUUUCAUUCCCCACAGUACAGCUCAGGAAGUUUCUUUAAAUUCAUCUUUAAGUUAUUUUCAUUUUAAUCUAUUGUGUUCAUUUAUCAGCUAAAGAAAGACUAAUUUUUAAAGACAGUUGGGAAGGAACAUUUCAGAAAUACCAGUUUAAUAGCCACUACAGCUCUUAGCUCACGAAUGUAAUAUUGCCAUGCUUCCACAAGGCCCCUUGAAAGUCAUUUCUCCCUUAGGAGCAUUGACCAGGAGCCAUAUAUAUUUGCAGCCCUCAAACAACUCUUUUAUUGGCUGCUUAUUGGGAAGCUACUUACAAUCUUGAGACGUCUGUUCAGUCCAAUUUUGCCAGUGAGUGCACUGGGAUUCCAGUCCAACCUGUUUCUUGGGGAAACACGCUGUAAUAUCCUAUAAUUAAACCAGUAAGGGUUUUUUUGUCAUUACAGGAAGUUUUGCAGUGUCGUCACAAUUUUGACUCUUGUGCAGCAUGGCCAACUGCAAUAAUUCAACAUUACUAUUGUCUUUGUCCCAGAAAACCAUACUUCUAUCCAUGAUCUUAUUUAUAACUGCUUGAUGUUACUUGUUUGCUAAAUUAGCAAUGGAGUAAGGCAACCUAAAGCACUGAGGGAUUUCAUUUAUAUUUUCGCUUUAGGGCAUUUUAUUUUAGAAGCUGACAACAGUAUUAUUUUACUUUCAUGUAUCUUAAUCACGGAUGCAGUGGGAGGGAGUGUCCAAAUAGAGUCAGCAUGGCCAGUAAAGAAAAAAAUAAUAAUGCUGGUUUCUUUUCAUUAAAUCAAGCCCCCCCCCUGCUCCAUUUGUCCUACAAGUGCUAAAUUAUUACAU